AUGUAAAUUAGGAUGAGGGAGGUGAGAGCUUUGUCUCAAUAGUGCACGAGGGGGACUUCAAAUGUUAAUUUUCAGCCUCAACCAGUCUUACAAUUUUGAACAUUAAUUACAUUAUUAUCACAUUAUAUGCCGUUAUUACAUUCUGAGUUGCUACACACUGCAAAUAGACUAUACAACUGAUGCUAAUUAUAAUCUGUGAUAAUUUUCAGAUCAAUUCAAAGAUGUCCUACCCAACAACUCUUCAUCAAAUUGGCGGAAAUGGAGGUCAUGCAUUUUCAUUGACUGGGAAGAAGAACGGUGCCAGUUUAGAGAAGAUCGGGGUUUGGGUUGGAGAAUGGCAGGUGAAGGCUGUCAAGGUUUGGCUUUCAGACGGCAGAAGCGAAACCUUUGGAAAACCAGCCGGAGAUCAUCAAGAGUUCAAGUUCCAGCCUGGAGAGUGUUUCACCUCACUGGCCCUGUGGGGGAACGGAGAAGGAAGACGUCUUGGAGCCAUCAAAUUCAAGACCAGCAAGGGGAGAGAGUUUUUUGCCAAGAUGAAAUGGGAUUUAAAAACAAAAUAUCCCAUUGAUGUCGGCUCUGGGUAUUGUUUGGGCGUUGAAGGAAAGUGCGGGGCAGACAUUGACAACAUGGGAUUCAUGUUUCUCAAUGCGGUUCAAUCAACAGAUCUCACCAAUGUCAAAUAUCCCACUAUCAACCAACUGAUCCCACAGGUGGCCGUGGAAGAAAUCAAAUCCAUCUCUUACAGGAACGACUCCUCCAUCCCUCAGAAACAAAGAGUUGAAACCUCAAAGAAAAUAACCAAACAAUCCUCAUGGUCUGUGAGUGAAAGUUUAACAACAACAUUCAGUAUGGAGGUGAAGGCUGGGAUUCCAGGGAUUCUAGAAGUUUCUGCAGGAUUCAGUGUCACUGUUGGAUCAGAAAGCACUUACGGUCAGACGCAGACAGAUGAGAGAACCGAAACUCUGUCUACCGAUGUAGAAGUGCCACCAAGGAAGAAGGUGAAGGUUGUCAUGACCAUCGGCAGAGCCACCUUUGACCUGCCUUACACCGGCACAGUGAAGAUCACCUGCAAGAACGGCAGUGUGUUACAGUAUGAAACCAAGGGCACAUACAAAGGCGUCACUUACAGUGAUAUCAAAGUGACCACUAAAGAAUCCGAUCUGUGAUGUCAAGACAGAUUGCACAUGUAACACAAAUGAUCUUUGAUUCCAUCUGAUUUCGUUGCUUUAAAUUUAGGCCUCAAUGUAAUCUUUUGGUGGGUGUUUGGUUGUUCAGGGAAAAUUUAUAACCAACAUUGUUGUUCUCAAUCUUAUAUGAUACCAAUACAUAAAUAUUUACAAUUGUGUACUCACUUUAAAAUAAUCUAUAGAAACAGAUUCUGCAAUAACGUGUUUGAAAUUGCAUUUAAUGAAAAACAAUUAAUUAAAUAAACCCUGUGUUACAAGCAAUGUUGUCUCUAAUUAUUUUCUCGACACAAAAACGUUCUGCUCCUGAAAACUGACAAAAAA